AGCCGCGGCCCAAGCUAAUUUGCCACCCGCCCGUGCCGACCUUCGCAAAUCGCCAUGGCCAUCAUGUGGGAAGUUGUGGGCGGAGCCGAUCGCGGUGGCAUCAUCGUGAGGAAGAACUUGGACCUUGCGUCGCCCAUGGAGGAAACACGCCUCUCCACAGGUGCCAAGGUUAAGGAGGUGGACUUCCAGGAUGGUCGCCUUUGCUAUGAGCUGGUGACAGGCAGUGGCCCUGCCAUCGGCUGGGUCACCGUGAGUUUGAAGGGCAAGGAGCUGCUGGUCAAGCAGCCGACCAAGGCGCUCGAGGAGAAGCCGGAGGUGGCUGAGGAGGUGGCGCCGCAGCAGGAGGUGCAGGUGCCGGAGAAGGAGGUGUCCGGUGAGGAGAAAGAGGCCUUCAAGCAGUACUUGGAGAAGUUCGGGGAGAAUCGCACCGAAGGCAACCCGGGCUACAACCGGAAGUCCUUCCCCUGGGCGGUGAACCACGCGGCCAAGUACACCGCGCCCAAGGAGGCCUUGGAGGCGGCGCUGGCGGCGCCCAAGCCCCGCAAGGAGCGAAGGGCGCAGACUGUGGUGGACUCUGAUGGAGAGGAGCUUCCUCUGUGCUCCAGGUGCCUCAUGCCGGUGGGGGAGUUCGCCUACGAGGGUCGCGAAGGCCGGGGCAGCUGCGUCCACGCGGAGUGCAUGGCGCAGGUCCUGGUGGAGGAUGCCCAGCGCCAGGAGGAUCGCCGCGCCGGAUGGGAGGGCGAGAAGAAGCUCCGGAGCCGCAAGGAGUAUGACAUUGGCUGGAAGAUGGACAGCGUGCCGAAGAACGGGGACCUCGCCGCGCGCCUGGGCUGCGAGGUCUCGGAGCGGGGUCUCUGCGCUUUGGUCUUGGACGAAGCCUCACGCACCGUGAAGGUGGCACCGACCUUGGAGCCUGCAGCGGGCGUGAACUUGGAGUACUUGUUGCUGGCCCUGAAGGUGCGUAAGACAGCUUCCCGGGAGCCCUUGUUCUCCUUGGACCCCGUGGACCCGCAGAACCUCGAGAAGACUCCGCAGAAGAAGGUCUAUGAGCCCAGCUGGCUGGCGGGCACCAGCGUGGGGGACGUCAUGUUCCAGGCGGACUACUUCCUGAAAGAACUGGCUCUUGGGGAGUAUGAUAUGCCUGUGGCGGGCAUGCUCAGCGUCUUCGAUUGGUCAGAGCUGUCUGACAAAGACAAGGCCUGGGCCGGCCGCGAGUGGUUCGUGGUGCGCAAGGCGGAGGUCCGCCUCGCCUCCGACAAGACCUUGGUGCCCUUUGUGAAGAUGGGUGUGGAGGCUCGGGAGCAGAUGGUCACCAAGAAGGGCUUGGAGGAUGCCGCGGUGACUGCUCUGAAUCAUCCACUGAAGAAAUUCGCGGACGCCUUCUCCCGGCACUUCGACCUCAUCGCCGAGCGCAAGAGCGUGGUCUUCCAUCUCAGGGAGUUGGCCAAGGCGUCCGUGAUGGCAAAGUACCUGGUGGACUCCAAUGUCCGUUUGGACCCUCGGUGGUACAAGAUGGCGGACGAGAUCGUGAAGGGCACCACCCCCGAGGCACAUCCGGAGAUCCCUCAGCUCUGGAACAUGCGCGGCAACUCGCGCAUUCAGCUGAAGAACGGCCGCCUCAUCGACAUGUUCACCGGCGGCCAGAAGAACCUCCAGGCCAUCUACGGCGGCGUGGAGUUCGGCCUGGACCGCUUCGAGCUGGCGCAGCGCCACGCCCUGCAGGGCCAGACGGGGAUGCAGCUGGGCCAAUCCGGGCGACCCAUGUUCAUGCCCCAGCGGUUCCAGCUGGGCCAGCGGGCCGAGAUGCCUCAAGGUGUGGACCUGAACUUGGACAAGUUCGACCUGUCGAAGACGGACAAGUUCAGUGGAAUGCCCGCCUGCAGCGGAAAGCCCGGGUCUAUGGAGGCUCGCGUGACCUUGGGCCGUGCCUUCCUGCGGGGCUUGCGCCAGCGCAGCUACGAGGAGCUGAAGCCGGAGCACCAGGAGAUCCUGAUCAAGGUCUUUCACUCGCCUCAGUGCGAUCGCACGGAGGAGGGCGAUGCCUUCAUCCCCCCAGAUCCCAACAUGGAGUACACCUCCAAGCUGCGCAGCAUGGUGCACGAGGAGAAGUCCUUGCUGGAGCGGAGGAAGCUGCACUUCUGCGACAAGGGCUUCAUCGUGGGCAACGCUGGCCAAGACUUCCCCAGGAACUGGACCUCGCGCUUCCAGAUCGAGAAGGACGGCCACUCCACGAAACCGGGGCUCACCACCAACGCGGGCCUCAACAAGGUGGAGCUGGAGGACGCCUUCGCGGUGAAGCUGGUGAAGGAGGUGCUGCCCAACGCGGCCCCAGACUUCCAGAAGUCCACGGAGGAUGGCGCCGUGUUCCGGAUCUACCGGAUCGGAAGCCUGGAGAUUCGCACCACGCAGGAGAAGUUCGGGCCAGAGAAGGUUGGCGUGGUCUACUCGGGUUGCACCCCCACCUGGAACAUGGCUUCGGCCGCGGUUGAUCUGCCGGAGCGCGAGAAGCUUCAGGAGAUCAAGAUUUUCCUGGAGGCGGCUGAAGAGGCAAGCGACAAGCAGCCUUAUCACUUCUACGUGGUUUGCCACACCGUGAAGAAGAACAUCAUCGUCACCGAACGGCUGGCGAACGGCAGCACCACCUUCGUGGUGAACCCCAAGAACCUCGAAGACCGCAACUCCCUGGCGAAGCACAUGUUCAAAGCCGAUUGCUUGGAGACCAGCACGCUCAAGGACCUCAAGAUCAUGCAAGUGAAUAUGAAUCGCACGGAAGCCGUGUCGUUGUCGGCUCGGAAGCAGUACGUGAAGUCUGUCUUCAACAAGGUGACUGGCAAGACCUUCAAGGGCAAGUGGGGGGGCUUCAUCCGCCGCUACGCGGGGCCCUCGGUGUUUCUGGGCGGCCCGCCCUUGGUGCUGCCCAUCGACCGGUCUGGCGGCCUUGGCAACGGCACCUGGUCCUCCAAGCGGAAGUGAGCCAUGGCUUCGCCCCAUGGCCGCGAGCGGAGCGCGCAGUGGACCGAGGAAACCGAAAAGUUGAGAGGUCGCAAGG